UCUGGCCGAGCUGGGGUCACCACCCUGGUCCCCGGGCUCUGAUGGGGCCCCGCUGUCACCGGGUGUUUGACAGGGCCGGGGGGACGCUCCUGGCAUGGCGCUGCUGAGUCUCUGCUGAGAUCCCUCUGUCUCCAGGUCGACACACAAUGAAAUGGAAAAGAACAGGCGCGCCCAGCUCCGGCUGUGCCUGGAGAGGCUGAAAGGGCUGGUGCCACUGGGGGCAGCAGCCGGGCGGCACACGACGCUCAGCCUCCUCACCAGGGCCAGGCUCCACAUCCAGAAGCUGGAGGACCAGGAGCGCCGGGCCCUGCACCAGAUCGAGCAGCUGCAGCGGGAGCAGCGGCACCUCCAGCGGCAACUGGAAAAGCUGGGAAUGGAGAGGGUCAGGAUAGACAGCAUCGGCUCUAGCCUUUCCUCUGAGCGCUCCGACUCAGAUCAAGGUGAGAGCCCGUGCUGGGGGAUGGACGGUGAGAGGCCUGGCUGUGCUGGAACUCCAACUAUUCCCAUUCCUCCGGCAGAAGAGAUGGAUGUGGAUGUGGAGAGCACGGACGACCUCCCAGCCGACCUGGACUGGAGCAGCAGCAGCCCCAGCGACUCGGACGAGCGCGGGAGCCUCCAGAGCCUGGGCAGCGAUGAGGGAUAUUCCAGCUCCAGCGGGACCAGGGCGAAGCUGGUGAGCAGCCGGAAGCUUCCUGUUGGGAUUUAGGAAGCGCUUCCCACUGCCAUGGUGCCGCCACCGUCCCCUUGGGCUCCCGUUAGCCAGCACACCGACCCUGCCAGCAUUCCCUGCACGGAAACACCCGAACGUCCCGCUGCUCCAGCUGCUCCUGGGGCUCUGUUUGCAUCACCAGCCUCUCGCCCCGGCCGAACCUCCUCUGCCAGGCCCUACAUUCCAGCCACGCCUGAAGCGCCCGGGAAUAUCCUGGCAAUAACAGCGACCUCAAGAGCCUUCCCUGGGUUCUUUCCCAGGCUGUCACUGCCUGGUAUUCCCGAUCUUCUCUACUUUUGGGUGGCGACAUCACGUUCCUGAUCCUCAGAACCCAAAAAGCUGAGUUUUUGGGAGGAGAUCCGAAGAGAGAACCAGUCCUUUGUGGAGUUUCCAUCCAUGACAGAGUGAGCCAGGCUGGGAACAUGGAGCAUUUCGGGCACAGGGAUCAGCCUCAGUCGGGGGUUCCUUCCCCCGACUCUAAAUAUUCAGGGACACCCCAUCCCAGCCCUCCCAGAGCAUUCCUGGCAUGGGGAACAGCGCUCCGGGGGCUCAGAGCCAUCCUCGCUCCUUGGAUUGGCUGCCUCCGGGCUCCCUAAACCCAAAUGGGACGUCCCACCUGCCGUGGCAUGGCAUUCCAGACUCCUGGAAUUCCCUUUCCACGCUUCUAGUCUCGGGGACAUUUUUUUCUACCUCGGAGGGAGCCCACAGACUCUCUCCACCCCUUCAGCACAAAGAUGAUGCCUCUGCUCAGCAAUAACCCCACGGGACUCCUUGGAUCGUAUCCAUCCAUCCGGGAUUUUUCCAGGCUCGUGGAGGAUUCCAGAAGCCACCACAGGGAGGGCAGCCCCGGGGGGCAGGGGAGUUCCAAGCCAGAGCACACGUGAGCUGUCUGUAGUGAGGAUUCGUUUCCCAGUGCACUGGAGGGAAAAUUCCCAUCACUUCCUGCUUUUAGAGAUGCUCUGGGAAUGUUGACAUGUAGAGAGCUCUGCUUCCAACACCUUUCCUUUCCCCUCGAGCUGGUCCCAGGGCUUUUCCAGCCCCAUGGAGCUGGCCAGGCCCUGGUGAAUAGUUGGUAAAGAGCUCUUCAGGGCUGCUCCCGCCGCUGGGAUACAAACCUUGACCCUCUGCUGGUCCCUUUCAGGAAACGCAGGUGCUGAGAGGCAUCGAGAUGCUCCACGGAGUGCAAGGGGAUGAGCAGCAGGAGACUCCAGUGCUUUUUCCUUUCCUUUGUCCUU